UGUUUGCUCUGAAAACACACAAAACAUCCAGCAGACACACAGCGACCAGCCGGCAAACACUGAGCCAACGUCCAGCCAAAAGCAGAAAAUAUCACCAACAUACAACAACUGUGAAGCCAGCAGUGAGCACGCUCUGAGCUGACAUCACAACAGUAACCAUCCCAAAGCCCCUCUUGCAAGUGAAGGCCCACCGGAGCCCACUGGAGGGCAGGCAUGUAUACUGCUCUGUCCUCGCCCAGGACCAGUUUGCCUUGGGAGACCCCAGCAGUAGCUCCUGGGUUCAUGCUGGUGUGGUAACCACCACCAUGAUAAGGUGAUUCACAGGUAUGUGUGUCAGGAACCACCGCACUCAUUUGAUGCUGAACAACUACAGAUGCUACUGAUACUCACAGCCAUGUCGGGUGUUACAGGUCAUCAGAACAAGGACUGAUGAUGAAAAUACGUUUUCCUCAGUUUCCUCGGAGACACAUGAUCAGCUGAUCACAUGAUGCCUCUGAGGUGUGCACAUGCUCAGAGCAUGUUUGUGAUGUCACUCUCUGAUGGUUGUUUCUGUUUCCUCUGAUAGGAGAAUGACUGACGUGCGAUUGGCUUCAGUUUCCACCGUCUCCAAGGUUACAAGCCUGUCACAAGGAUGCGGUUCCCACGGCAACGAGCCUCCAGCUUUCGUCCUUCCUCCCCGUAAUGCCCGGGUCACGCUGGGGGGAGAAGCUCGACUGGAGGGCAAGGUGCGUGGCCAUCCUGAGCCACAGGUCACAUGGUACAGAGAGGGAAGGGCCAUGAUUGGUGGAGAGCACUACAUCGUGGAACGUGGUGGGCGGGGCAACUUCAGCCUUUUGGUGAGAGGGGUCACGGAGGAGGACCUGGGCAGUUACACCUGUCAGGCAACCAAUCAGGCGGGGAGCCGUCAGGUUACCGUGGAGAUCCUUCUGGAAGAGAAUCCUGGGAAGAAAUACGUCGCGCCGCCGUCCAUGAAAGCAGGGUGUCGCUCUGCAGCUCCUGCUGUGGAGAACAGGCCGAGCAUUUGGAGUGAGAGUCCCCCAAAGUUCAUCAACAAACCGAGCCGAGUGUUUGCCGAGCCGGGACAAAGCACCAAGUUCUCCGCCAAAACCACAGGACGCCCACAGCCCAGGGUCACCUGGUACAAGGAGGAGGCGGAGCUUCAGUCUGGUGGGCGGAUCAGCAUGUACGAGCGCUCAGGCCUUCACUUCCUGGAGAUAAAGGAUGUGAUUGUCCAGGAUGCAGGAAGUUACAAGUGUUUGAUCAGCAACGGUUCCGGAACAGCGACUGCCUGCGCCAAGCUUACCAUCCAGGGUGCUCCUGACGACUCCUCCAGGACCGGCCGGCCCACUGACGACCCACAGACCAGAACCAGAAGCCAGAAGGAGGGCAGAGCUGCUCCCAGCUCCCAGCCCGAGGAGCAAGAGGCCAGACAGGCCGCCUCCUGGAGGAGCAAACCACCUGCACAGCUCCCUCUGCUGGCUGAGAGGAGAACUGCACCUAAUCAGGUCCGGUCCAUCGACGCUCCUGAUCCAGAUCAGACCUGCUCGGUCCAGCAGUCAGGACCCGGCUCAGAUAGCAGGCCGGUGAGGACGUCCAAGGCGGGUCCCAACCUGCGGUUCGAGACCGUCCCCCUGGACCAGGAGGCCACAGAGGGAGCUCAGGUCACGUUCACCUGCCAAGUGUCCUCCUCUGCUGCCGGGGCCGUGGUCACCUGGCUGAAGGACGGGGGGCCCGUGAGGACGGGAUCAGGUCUGCGGCAGAGACGAGACGGCACCCGUCUCACUCUCACGGUGGAGAGGGUGAGACGGGUGGACCGGGGCACGUACAGGUGUCAGCUGACCAACGCUGACGGGCUGACGGUGGACUCUGCAGCGUGGACGCUCCUCGUGCAGAGCAGACAGAGAGGCGGGAGGUCAGAGGUCACAGAGGUCAGAGCUGCGUGUGAAGCUCCUCGCUUCAUUGGUCGCCUGAGCGAUCUGAAGGUGAUGGACGGCAGCAGAGUCGCCAUGACGGUGGAGCUGAGCGGUCACCCUCCUCCAGAGGUGGUGUGGCUCCACGAUGGGCAGGAGGUGACCGAGUCAGAGGACUUCCAGCUCCUCAGAGAGGGAACCCGCUGCACUCUGCUGAUCCACGAGGUUUUCCCCGAGGACACCGGGACCUACAGCUGCCGGGCCUGGAACCAGUAUGGAGAGGACCAGACCCAGGCCCGGCUCACUGUGGAGGAGCCUCAGGACGGCGUCCAGCCCUGGUUCAUCACCAAGCCCAAAGAGGUGAGCGCUGCUGUUGGUCAGCAUGUUCUCCUGUCCUGUGCCAUCGCCGGAGAUCCGUUUCCCCAGUACACCUGGACCAGAACCGACCCGAGCCAAUCUCUGACCUCCGGAGGCGACUAUGAACUUCUGCAGAAAGAGGACGUCGUCUCCCUGCUCAUAAGACGAGUGAAGAAGGAACAUGGCGGAGAGUACCUGAUCAGCCUGAGGAACAGCGUGGGCGAGUGCAGCGCUGUGGCCACGCUGUCGGUCACCGAAAGACGAGAAAAGGACAGGAGAGGACGGGACGGCAGCAGCCUGGCAGCAGCAGCAGGAGGAGCAGGAGGAGGAGCAGCUGGUGGGAGCGUGGUGCUGAGAGGAGGUGGCAAAGGAGGAGGAGGCGUGGAGCAGAGAAGCAGCAGCAGUGGUGUCAGUCGGCAGUGGCAGGAGGCCAACGAGGAGCAGAAGGAGAACCGGCAGCUCCCGCACCUGCACAGGGAAGAGAAGAAGAAGAAAGAGGAGGACCAGACCACUGCUCCCAGAGGCCUCCUCAAACGCUGUGUGGAAACCAGGGAGCGGGGUGAAGAGGAGCUGCGGCAGAGGGAGGCGCAGCAGCUGGACUUCCGCUCGCUGCUUGGACGCCGAGCCGUUCAAGGCAAAAACAUCCAAGAGGGAGACGAGCAGAGGGAGGCCGGCCCCGCCACCACCGAGCACAACCAGCGCCACCACAUGGAUUUUAAGGCCAACCUCAAGGGUGUCAAACCCAAGAGCGAAGAGAAGGUGAACUCCCCAUCGCAGGUCGACUUCCGCAGCGUGCUGGGGAAGAAGGGCGCCGCAAGCAGCAACAGCAGCAAGGCCGCAGAGACGCCCACGAAGAACGCCGGCGACUUCCGCUCUGUCCUCACCAACAAGAAGAACCCGACGGCCCCCGAGAAGAACGGGGAGAAGGCGGAGGUGAACAACUGCAUGGAUGGAGGGAUUAAUGAGAAGAAGAGCACCGGAGGAGGAGGAGGAGGUGCGGCGCCGGAGUUUGUAGAGAAGCUGAGCGACAUGACGGUGCUGGACGGUCAGCGGCUCCGGCUGCAGUGCCGCCUCGCCACCGCUUCUGAUGUCACUGUCACCUGGACGCUGGACGGGAAGGUCAUCAAGGCGUCCAAGUUCAUCAUCCUCGCAAACGAAGGCGGCCUGUGCUCUCUGACCAUAGACAAAGCCCUGCCAGAGGAUGAAGGCCAGUAUAAAUGCAGAGCCGAGAACUCGGCAGGCAAAGCCGAGUGUUCCUGCACGGUUCUGGUAGACGACCCGGCUGAAAACUCUCCGGCCGACAAGAAGUCCAAGAAGGCAACUCCAACCUCAGAGACUCUGCCUCCUCAGAUCCUGCAGUUCCCUGAGGACAUGAAGAUUCUGGCGGGGGAGAAAGUGGAGAUCCUUUGCAAGUUUUCUGGAGCUCCGCCCAUCACCUGCACCUGGCUGAAGUUCAGGAAACCGAUCCAGGAGGGGUCAGAUGACAUCUCCAUCGAGAGUAACGACAGCAGCAGCAGGCUGACGAUCGGCAGCGGGCAGCAGGAGCACUGUGGCUGCUACACCAUUGAGCUGAAAAACAGCUACGGCCUCAGACAAGCCGCCCUCAACCUCACCAUCGUCGAUAAACCCGACCCCCCAGCAAAGGUUCCUGCGGCCUCAGACAUCCGUCGGUCCUGCCUGACGCUGUCGUGGUACGGGCCGACCUACGAUGGAGGUAGCGCCGUGCAGUCCUAUAAACUGGAGAUCUGGGACUCCACGGAGCAGCAGUGGAAACACCUGGUGUCCUGCAAUAGCACCUCCUACAACGUACAGAACCUCCUCCCAGAUCGGCAGUACAAGUUUCGUGUCCGGGCAGAGAACAUCUACGGAGUCGGAGAGCCGAGCGCCGAAUCUGAACCUGUGACUGUCGGACUGGUGGACACUGAUGAAAACCAAGAGGAGCCAGAGGAGGAGGAUGAAGACUCAGAGAAAGAGCCGGAGUACAGAGAUGUGACCAUCAGAACAGACAUGAAGGUGAAGGACCUGUACGACGUGGAGGAGAGGCUGGGAACGGGGAAGUUCGGUCAGGUCUUCAAGCUGGUGGAGAAGUCUUCAAAGAAGGUUUGGGCCGGAAAGUUCAUCAAAGCCUACUCUGCAAAGGAGAAGGACAACGUCCGGCAGGAGAUCGGCAUCAUGAACAGCCUCCAUCACCCCAAACUGGUCCAGUGUAUCGACGCCUUCGAGGGCAAGUCUGACAUCGUCAUGGUGCUGGAGAUGAUCUCAGGCGGGGAGCUGUUUGAGCGGAUCAUCGAUGAAGACUUUGAGCUGACGGAGAGAGAGGUGAUCAAAUACAUGCUGCAGAUCAUUGAUGGGGUCAACUUCAUCCACAAACAGGGCAUCGUGCACCUCGACCUCAAACCAGAGAACAUCAUGUGCAUCAACAAGACGGGCAGCAAAAUCAAACUCAUUGACUUCGGCCUCGCCAGACGGCUAGAAAACGCAGGAACUCUGAAGGUUUUGUUCGGGACUCCAGAGUUUGUGGCUCCAGAGGUCAUCAACUACGAACCCAUCAGCUAUCCCACCGACAUGUGGAGCAUAGGAGUCAUCUGUUAUAUACUGCUGAGUGGUCUGUCUCCCUUUAUGGGCGACAAUGACAACGAGACUCUGUCCAAUGUGACCUCAGCCACCUGGGACUUUGAGGACGAAGCCUUCGAUGAAAUUUCUGACAAUGCCAAAGACUUCAUUACCAAACUGCUGAAAAAAGACAUGAAGGCUCGGCUGUCCUGCACGCAGUGUUUCGAACACCCCUGGCUGAAACAGGACACGAACACCAUGAAGGCCAAGAAGCUCUCCAAGGAGAGGAUGAAGAAGUACAUCCUGAGGAGGAAGUGGCAGAAAACGGGUCACGCUGUUCGAGCCAUCGGCAGAUUGUCAUCCAUGGCCAUGAUGGCUGGAGUCAGCGCCAAGAAAGGCUCCCCCACUGAAGAGGAUAACCAGUUCCUGGAGUGUUUAGAGUACGAGCAGAAAACCGAGUGUAAGCCGACGUUCAGCACUGUCAUCAAAGACGUGGAGGUGGUGGAGGGCAGCGCCGCUCGCUUUGACUGCAAGAUAGAAGGUUAUCCUGAUCCAGAGGUGGUGUGGUACAAAGACGACCAGCCCAUCAAAGAGACCCGACACUUCCAGAUCGACUACGAUGAGGAAGGAAACUGCAGUCUAGUCAUUUCAGAGGUCUCAGGAGACGAUGAUGCCAAGUACACAGUGAAGGCCGUUAACAGUCUGGGGGAGGCGACCUGCACAGCCGAGCUGCUGGUGGAGGUGAUGGCUGGAGAGGAGGAGGAGGAGGAGGAGGAAGAGGAGGAAUAAUGGAGCAACUGUCUGGACUCCCACAGGGAGAGGAGGAGGCAACAAUGAGCAACAAUCUCUCCCACUCAACCUGUCGGACCUGAGCAGGAAACUUACCCACAGAGAAGGUUCUGAUUGGAGGACAGGUGGGGAAUAUUUGCCACACCUGUCCUCACAUGCAGAAGGUUUCCAUUCUGAUUAAACCGCGUUUGGUUUUUAGUGAGCAGGGCAGCACUUAUGUUUGAAGCACUGAGCGUGUGCAGAGCUGCAGCCAGGUUAGAUUUUUUAAUGAGGCUUUGUUGUGUUUCUGUUUUUUAGUAAUGAGUCGUGAUCUUAAAGUUUUAGCCUCCUGGGAUCAUUGGAGUAAAUGGAUGAAGUGAUUUAAUGUCCUGAGCGUUAAAAAUAUUUAACGAUAAAUAAUCAGCGUGGUUCUUACACUGCGCGUGUUUCUGAUGUCACAUUAUAUAUUUUUCCCAGGCUCAGGAUGUUAAAUCUGUGUGGGUGUGGCUUAUUGAUCCGUGUAGGGAAGCAUAUAAGAACUUUGUGGUAAACACUCACUGAAUGUUGAUACUUUUCAAACUGCCCACUUCAGCCUCGCACCAUAUUGUGCUAAACCACACCUCCUUCAGACAGGCAGAACACAGGCUCCGCCCUCUCAGCAUACAUGGACUCAUGCCUGUGAUUUCCUGUCUGCUCUGAGAAAUGAUUUCAUGUUUGAUGAUUGCCACACACACUGUCACACAGCAGCUGUGUUACUGCAACACUCUGCCUGCUACAAUUAUUCUCAGUUUCCUAAAUAAUUUGUGAGAAUACGGCCA